AUGUCAACGCUACAUUCUGACCAAUAUGAGCUCUCAAAGCGAGAUUUGGACCGCUCCGUGUCUCCUCUUGAAGCAGCCAAUCUCAACAACUCCGUGUACGAUCUGGUAAGAGAACAAAUGAUGGAAAGUUCUAGUAUGGAUGGGUUCCAGGAGCAAAUAGACUUGCGAAUUGCUUCGUCUGAUAACCCUGCGGCGGUUAUGGAGUUGGAUAUGGAUGGGAAUGUGCGCUAUCUUAGCAAAAACUGGGAGACGAUUGUAGGAACAAAUAUCAAAAAGAUCAUCCACAGGUCAGUUUCCAAGAUUAUAAUAGGUGUUUCCGAUGAGGAUUUGAAGAUAUUCAACAAUGCAAUUCACCAUAUGGUUCAGGAUGAUGGAAGUUACAAGGUCAAAUUUGUCACGGCGACGAAUGAUAGAACCACAGUAUCGGACUCAGGAGGAAAGGUGACACCUACAAAUUCUCUCAACGAAAUGGUGGACGAGUCGGAGUUGCAGGUUCCUGAAUCUGAGAGUAUCAAGUACGAUGCAAAUGACAGCGACGACAAUUACCCCAGCUCGCUUAGUUCGCAGCUCUCCAACAAUGGUGAUAUCAUUGAAUUGGAAGCACAAGGCAUAUUGAUCCAUGAUCCCACAACCAAGCUACCCAGCCACUCAAUCUGGACAAUCAAGCCAUUUAUACAUGUGGAUGUUGAAUUGACUAUUCCUUCAAAACUAAGCAAUAUGCUAGGAUUCGGCUCAGAAAUACUCGAAGGGUACCUUUCCAAUCUACAAGAACUAGGCAUUAUCGAUGAAGAUUCCGUACCGCAACCCAAGCUUGUUCUCUGUCGAAUAUGCGAGCAGAAUAUACCCGCUUGGUUUAUCGAGCGCCAUAGCGAUUUGUGUAUUGUGGAACAUCGGUUUUCGGAAGAACUUCAAACUUGCCAUGAAUUAGUUGCUGAGCAACGCAAUCUCAUUUUACGCAUCUCAGACUCACUAUGGAUCCAGCUGCAAGGCACCUCAUUGACUGUCUCUUCAUCGAGUUCAACCAGCUCACUAAGUCUGACCAGCUCCACCUCUUCCCUCAUAAACAACUAUAAGGGUAUUCGACUACCAAUGCCUUCGUCUGACACCUCGUCUCCCAAAUUGGCAAAUCAGGCUCUUCCGGGGGUAAUGCUUAAUCCAUCUCCUCUUGGGGGUACAGUAACCAAUUCCAGACCCAGAAGCACAGCUCACCGCCGAUUCCCAUUUGGAAUUCUUCAACGACUUCUCGACCUAUGCGAUGAAGUUAUGCUCAUAAAUCCAGCCGACUCCGACGAUUCUGGCCAGUACCAAUUUUCUCCCAGUACAAAAGAGGCAAUGUCACAAGUGGAACGAUGGAAAACUAUUGAAACUACUGACCCUGCUUUACGGGCAAUGGUUGAAGAUACACAGCAAUUGGCUAGUGAUAAAAUCGAAACGGCCACUCGGUUUUUGUCGAUGCUCCAGUAUUCACAAAAGAUCAAGACUGAGGUUGACCAGCUAGUUCUUGCCGUGGUUCACGAAACCGUGACGAGGAUUCGUGAGCAAACUAUGGAAAACGAAAAGAGAGAACCUAUCAUGGGAAUGCUUAAAAGGGAGAACGAGAAGAGCGUUACACCUCCUGUGGAUCAGGAGAGCGCACAGCCAGACAAUCUUGAAGUUCAGAAGGCUCGGUCUCUCGCCUCACCAACAAUACAUUCUCCUCAACCAGCUCGUACUUUGAGCCCGACUUAUUUGGUUCAAGGUGAAAACCAGUCGAGGACCUCUAUAACACCCCACGAUAUCUUACUACGCAGUCACAGUCAGCAUCCGUCUGCUGCAUCGCUUCUUUCACAGAAUGUGUCUCCUAAUAAUGCUGGCGAAAAUAUCGCUGAGGUACUCAACGAUCUCGAUCUAAGCAAGAAAUCGUCAUUGUCGAAUAGCUCUUCGUUUUGUUCACCACGAAGGCAUCUUUCUCCAGCUCCAUAUCUUGAGAAGGGCAGUUUGUCUCUGCUCCAAAAGAAUACCAAUUCUCUUCCACACACCAACCCGCCUUCGCCUAUGAUUGAAGCCAACCACAGCGGGGAACCUGAGCUUCUUGGCACUCCAAUCUCUACAAAUUCGAACGAAAAACGCAAAUCAGAUUCUUCUGGCAUCACAAAUUUGCAUCUCAAUAUCAACCCAAGAAUGGCAUCGAUGAAACCACCACUCUCACCGCUCCUUGUUUCCCUGACUCCAACAGGAAAAUCGACCAGUGGCCAGAUAAAGGACUACGAAGUGCUCAAGGCUAUCAGUAAGGGAGCCUUUGGAUCAGUUUUCUUGGCCAAAAGGAAACUUACGGGCGAUUAUGUUGCUAUCAAGUGCCUCAAGAAGCGAGAUAUGAUUGCAAAAAAUCAAGUUUUGAACGUUCGCUCUGAAAGAGCAGUGAUGAUGAAGCAGGCAGAUUCACCCUACGUUGCUCAGUUGUACAGCUCGUUUCAAACGAAAGACUAUCUCUACUUGGUAAUGGAGUAUCUUAAUGGAGGAGACUGUGCAACCUUGCUCAAGAUGUUGGGAACAUUGGGCAACGAAUGGGCCAGAAGAUACAUCGCAGAGGUGGUAGUUGGUGUUAAUGAUCUUCAUGAGCGUGGAAUUAUUCAUCGUGAUUUAAAGCCAGACAAUCUAUUGAUUGACUCCAAGGGCCACCUCAAAUUGACCGACUUUGGUCUUUCUCAAAUGGGAGUGGUUGGCAGGAUGACACGAUCGCAUAGAAAGAGCAGCACUUCGGAGCAAGGUAUUGAGCUAUUCCGUCGAAGCUUACAGCAAGGAAACCAGAGUCCUUUGGCAAAUGUCAUAGGGCUUGGACUCGGUAGUGAUGACUCGCCAGGUUCAGCACACUCUACACCUAACGAAGGCAGUUCUGGGAACCACAAAAGAGUGUCGUCAGUAACUCCAUUUUCGUUGUCACCAGCUCUUGACUCAUCUAGAGACUCGAAAAGUUUUUCCAAUACUAGUGAAGGAGGCUUCAGAUUGAGACGUGGAAGGUCUGGGUCGAGAUCAGGCUCUAUAACCGGUUUAGAUUCACCAUUGGUUCGACCAUCAAUUCACAAGGACGGUUCUGAUAUGUCUUUUCCCUUCGACGAUGAUGAUUAUGGAUCGAGUCCAUCGACUAAUAUAGCACUUCCAACGUCGUAUGCGCUAUACGACCCCACUGAAGACAAGGAGCUCAAACAUUUCGUGGGGACCCCGGAUUACCUUGCACCAGAAACUAUCGAAGGAAUAGGACAAAGUGAAGCAUCUGAUUGGUGGUCUCUUGGAUGUAUCUUGUUUGAAUUCAUAUAUGGAUACCCACCUUUCCACGCAGACACACCCGAUGAAGUCUUCAAGAGAAUCUUGGCGUGUAAUAUUGACUGGCCUCCUUUAAGCCCACAAGAAGACAGAGAAGUGUGCCCUCCUUCAGCGAAAGAUUUAAUUGUUCAACUUCUCACGCUCGACCCCGAAAAGCGAUUAGGCUCCGAUGGUGCCCAAGAGAUCAAAAACCAUCCUUAUUUCAGAGGGAUCAACUGGGACACAUUAUUCGAGGAGAUACCCUCGUUUAUCCCCAAUGUUGAAGACCCUGAGUCUACAGACUACUUCGAUUCCAGAGGUGCAGAUAUUUCUCACUUCCCCAAAGAUGAAGACGAGGAGGACGGUGAAUAUUAUCACGGGCAACACCAGCUUUCGCCUCCAUUGAGCGCACCUCUUGCGGAGCCGUACGGAUCGAGUAUAGGUGGUUCUGGCACCCGAGAAAGAAGAAGCAGCAAAUUGGCAGACCCUAGUGAAUUUGGUUCGUUCCAUUUCCGAAACUUGUCUGUUUUGGAGAAAGCCAACAAGGACGUCAUAAACAGACUCAAGUCUGAGCAUUUGGAGCACCGAGGCAGUUUCUCGUCUUCGUCAUCUGAUUCCACUCCAUUAGGUCGUCCCAGAGGUUUAUCACUUUCCAAUAAUUCUGGUGGUUCAUCUGGAAGUCCUUUUAAGCGGCCAUUAUCACCUGGAGCAUUCUUGGCACAGCGAGUACCAUCGCCUCUGAAGACCGAACAGAGCCCAGCUACCACUCCGUCGUCGCAGAACUUUAAACACGAACGAAUGGGUUCGGCAGUUAGUGCCUAUUCCAGUGGUGACGAAUACCCAUUCGAAACUUUCAAGACUUCUGUGGUUCCAAGCGAGAAAACGAAAACGGGCCAUCGCCAUUCGUUGACUAAACAAGUGUUCACUAAGUCUGUCAGUGAGUUUUCUCCCUCUAGCUCCGACACAGAAGACUCGAUAUCUUCUGCUCUUUUGCGAGUCAGAAAACGAAGAGAAAGCUCAAGGAAACCCAGCGCUACCGGCAGCUUGUUCUCACGCAAUAGCAGCUCUGAUAUUCGAGCUCAGCACCGAGAGAUCGACGUCCUUUAUUGCGAGCCAAUUCCCAUCGUUCGUCAUACUAUUUCCAAGUUUUUGGAAGAGUUGGGCUGCAUUGUGGUUUCUGUUAGUGAUGGAGACGAGCUCAUUCGCAGAGCAACAAGUCAGGUCAAGUUUGAUAUUAUCUUUACGGCACUUAAAAUACCAAAGGUAGAUGCCAUGGAUGCCGUGAAAUUGAUCAAAUAUACCAGCGGUGUCAACUCCAAUACACCAUUGGUGGCCAUAACUGGUUACGCAAAAGACGCCCACCAAUCUGGAAUGUUUGCUGAGGUGCUUGAGAAGCCUCUUGAUCGAGGCCAAUUGCGUGUGGUGAUUUACAGAUUGAGCGUCGACGCCAAUGCCGUCGAGUCAGAUAGAGAAGAAGAUGCAGAGUAG